AUCCUUAGUUGUUAAUUGGUCACUGUUUCUUGGAUGAGUCUGCUCCAUGUUUUUUGGGUUUGGUUUAAAGGUGGGACAUCUGGUUUGGAUGUUAUGUUGUUUGAUAACAUCGACGAUCUCGAUGAACUGGUUCAUUAAUGGUGAAUUUAAGGACCCCAAGGGUGUCCUCCUUGGUGAUAGUGGUAGCAAGAUGUGGUUCAAAUGUUGGGAUGAAAUCUUUAAAUUUCAGCUUCAAGAUCCACUAUCAGUACUACCAGUAUAUUGGUUCCAAGAGAGUUUGCAAGUCAUGGUGGAGAGAGCUCUUAUUUUCAUGGAUAAUUGGUUGGACCUUGGCUUCCAUUUGGAUCUUCUGUUGUAUGAGCUCUCUCGCUACCGAAAGAGCAACGAGACGCUAGCGAGCAUGUGUGAUGAGAGAGAUAGGAUGUUGCAGGAUCAGUUUAAUGUAAGCAUGAACCAUAUCCAGGCUAUGUCUAUUUUGAUCUCAACUUUUAACCAUGGGAAAACCCCAUCUGCUAUUGACCAGAGGACUUUUGCGAGGUACACCCAACGAAUGCUUUCGAGAGGCCCCUCACAAGAAGAAUAUGCUCCUGUUAGAUUUGCCCUGGAUAUCGUUUCACAUGUGAUUUCUCUUGUCUACAAGAGGGAUCUUCCCUCAAAUGCAACUCCUAACGAGAGGAUUCAGGCAACCGACGGCUAUGUUUUCGUUACAAACAAUUGCAUAUUAAACCCUAAACCCUAUUAG